GAGCAGCAGAGGCCUGGGACUGGAGAUGGGGACGCGCCGGGUCACCCCGGGCUGUGCAGCGGGGCUGCUCGUGCUGUUGCUGCGAUGCUUCGGGCUUGCGGAGCCUUCCGAGUUCUCAGGUGAUGAUUCGUUCACCAUCGUCAAUGAAAACACGGGCAAGUGCAUCCAGCCGCUGUCUGACUGGAUAGUGGCGCAGGACUGCAGUGAAACCAGAAGCAUGCUCUGGAAGUGGGUGUCGCAGCACCGUCUCUUUCACUUGGAAUCCCAAAAGUGCCUUGGCCUAGACAUGACCAAGGCUGCCGAUAACCUGCGGAUGUUCCGCUGCGACUCCAGCGUCUUGCUGUGGUGGAAGUGCGAGCACCACUCCCUGUACAGUGCUGCCCACUACAGGCUGGAUCUGAAGGACGGGUAUGCCACAGCCAGUACAAACUCAUCUGCCGUCUGGAAGAAGGGAGGCUCCAAGGAGAACCUUUGUGACCAGCCUUACCGUGAGAUAUAUACCAGAGAUGGGAACUCCUAUGGGAGACCUUGCGAAUUUCCAUUCUUAGUUGGUGAGACAUGGCACCAUGACUGUAUUCGUGAUGAAAAUCAUAGUGGGCCCUGGUGUGCCACUACCUUAAAUUAUGAAUAUGAUCAAAAGUGGGGCAUCUGCUUAAAACCAGAAAGUGGCUGUGAGGGUAACUGGGAAAAGAAUGAGCAGAUUGGAAGUUGCUACCAAUUUAACAACCAGGAAGUUCUUUCCUGGAAAGAAGCUUAUGUUUCCUGUCAGAACCAGGGAGCUGACUUACUGAGUAUCCACAGUGCUGCCGAACUGGCGUAUAUUACGGGAAAAGAAGACAUUGCUAGAAUUGUUUGGAUUGGACUGAAUCAGCUCUAUUCUGCUAGAGGUUGGGAAUGGUCAGACUUCAAGCCAUUAAAAUUUCUUAACUGGGAUCCAGGCACACCCAGUGCACCUAUGAUAGGCGGAUCGAGCUGUGCCCGGAUGGACACAGAGACGGGGCUGUGGCGAAGUGUGUCCUGUGAGGCUCAGCAGCCCUACGUCUGCAAGAAGCCAUUGAACAACACCGUGGAGCUCCCAGAUGUUUGGACAUACUCAGAUACCCAUUGUGAUGUGGGCUGGCUGCCACAGAAUGGAUUUUGCUAUCUGCUGGCAAAUGAAAGUGGUCCCUGGGAUGCUGCGCAUUUGAAAUGCAAAGCCUUCGGAGGUGACCUCAUCAGCAUUCAUUCCUUAGCAGAUGUUGAGGUGGUUGUCACAAAACUCCAUAGUGGGGAUGUCAAAGAAGAAAUAUGGACAGGCCUCAGGAACGUAAACAGCCCCACUUUGUUCCAGUGGUCAGAUGGUACGGAAGUUACUCUAACAUACUGGAAUGAGAAUGAGCCCAGCGUUCCCUACAAUAAGACUCCCAACUGUGUUUCCUACUUAGGAAAGUUAGGCCAGUGGAAAGUCCAGUCCUGUGAAAAGAAACUCAGAUAUGUAUGCAAGAAAAAGGGAGAGAUAACUAAUGAUACAAGAUCUGACAAGCUGUGUCCUCCCGAUGAGGGCUGGAAGAGACAUGGAGAAACCUGUUACAAAAUUUAUGAGAACGAGGUCCCUUUCGGAACGAACUGCAAUCUAACCAUCACUAGCAGGUUUGAACAGGAAUUCUUGAAUGACAUGAUGAAGAAGUAUGACAAGUCCUUCCAAAAGUACUUCUGGACCGGCCUGAGAGAUGCCGAUGCCCGAGGAGAGUACAGCUGGGCCGCCACUGGUGGGCUAAAGCAGGCUAUGACCUUUUCCAACUGGAAUUUUCUCCAGCCAGCAUCCCCAGGUGGGUGCGUGGCUAUGUCUACUGGAAAGACCCUUGGCAGGUGGGAAGUGAAAAGCUGCAGAAGUUUCAGAGCACUUUCAAUAUGCAAGAAGAUGAGUGGACCCCAGGAGCCCGAGGAAGCAACCCCAAAGCCGGAUGAGCCAUGUCCCGAAGGCUGGCACACUUUCCCCUCCAACCUUUCUUGUUAUAAGGUGUUCCACAUAGAAAGAACUGUAAGAAGGAGGACCUGGGAAGAGGCUGAAAGAUUCUGCCAAGCGCUUGGAGCACACCUCCCCAGCUUCAGCCACAUGAAUGAAGUAAAGGAGUUCCUGCAUUUGUUACAGGACCAGUUCAGUGUGCAGCGUUGGUUGUGGAUAGGUCUGAAUAAAAGAAGCCCUGAUUUACAAGGGUCCUGGCAAUGGAGUGAUCGUACACCAGUGUCCACUGUUAUCAUGCAUCGGGAGUUCCAACAGGAUUAUGACGUCAGAGACUGUGCUGCCAUCAAGGUACUUGACAAUGCUUGGCUAAGAACCUGGUAUUACUAUGAUGAGAGAAAAUUUGGUUAUUUGAAGCCUUUUUCUUGUGAUGCAAAACUUGACUGGGUGUGCCAGAUUCCAAAAGGUAGCACUCUCCAAGUACCAGACUGGUACAAUCCAGAGCGCACUGGAAUCCACGGACCCCCGGUUAUAAUUGAUGGCAGUGAAUACUGGUUUGUUGAGGAACCCCGCUUAAACUACGAAGAAGCCGUCCUGUACUGUGCUAGCAACCACAGCUUUCUUGCCACGAUAACAACUUUCACAAAACUAAAAGCUAUCAGAGGCAAGAUGGAAAAUCUAUCUGGUGAAGAGCAGAAGUGGUGGGUGAAAGCGAAUGCGAAUCCAAUCGAUCAUUACUUUCUGAGGACGCGACCCUUAUGGCACCGUUUUUCCAUGCUGCUUGAUGAAGAAUGCUUGCAAAUGUCAGCCAAAAUGUGGCACCUUGACUUAAACAAACGAGCAGACUGUAAUGACAAGUUGCCGUUCGUCUGUGAAAAAUAUAAUGUAUCUUCAUUAGAGAAAUACAGUCCAGAUUCUGCAGCUAAAGUGCAGUGUACUGGGAAAUGGAUUCCUUUCCAGAAUAAGUGCUUUCUGAAGGUCAAAUCUGAGCCAGUUACAUUUUCUCAAGCAAGUAGCACUUGUCAUACCUAUGGUGGCACCCUUCCUUCUGUGCUGAGCAAGAGCGAACAAGAUUUUAUUAUAUCCUUGCUUCCGGAAAUGGAAACAAGUUUGUGGAUUGGUCUGCGCUGGACUGCCUAUGAUAGAAUAAGCAAAUGGACAGAUGGCAGAAACCUGACGUACAGCAACUUUCACCCAUUGCUGGUUGGUCGGAGGCUGAGCAUAGCAGCAUAUUUUAUUGACGAAGAGUCUCACUACCACUGUGCCCUGAUGCUCAAUCUCAGAAAGUCACCACUCACUGGGACCUGGAAUUUUACCUCCUGCUCCGAACGCCAUUCCCUGUCUCUCUGUCAGAAGUACUCAGAAAAUGAAGACGGACGGCCCUGGGAGACUAAUUCGGAAACUGUAAAAUAUCUAAAUAACCUGUACAAGAUCAUCUCGAAGCCUCUGACGUGGCAUGGUGCUCUGAAGGAGUGUCUGAACGAGAACAUGCGGCUGGUGAGCAUCACAGACCCUUACCAGCAAGCCUUCCUCUCCGUGCAGGCCACCCUGCGCAACACCUCCUUCUGGAUCGGACUCUCCAGUCAAGACGAUGAACUGAACUUUGGUUGGUCAGAUGGGACAUAUCUUCAUUUUAGUAACUGGGCUGUCGACAAUGAGAAGCUUGAUGACUGUGUGAUCUUAGACACGGAUGGAUUCUGGAAAACAGCCGACUGUGAUGAGAACCAGCCUGGGGCCAUUUGCUACUACCCAGGAAAUGAGACUUCAAAGGAGGUCAGACCGUUGAACAGUGCUAAAUGCCCAUCUCCUGCGCAGAGUACUCCGUGGGUCCCAUUUCAGAACUCGUGCUACAACUUCAUGAUAACGAAGAAUAGACAUAGGACAAUCACACAGAAGGAAGUACACUCCUUAUGCCAGAAACUGCAUUCAAAAGCACAGAUUCUGAGUAUUCGAAAUGAAGAGGAGAAUAACUUUGUGGUUGAGCAGCUUCUGUACUUCAAUUAUAUUGCUUCGUGGGUCAUGCUAGGAGUAACGUAUGAAAACAAUUCUUUGAUGUGGUUUGAUAAGACUGCAUUGUCGUACACACACUGGAGAGCAGGAAGACCAGCCGUGAAAAAUCACAAAUUUUUGGCUGGUCUAAGUACUGAUGGCUUCUGGGAUAUUCAGUCCUUCAAUGUAAUUGACGAAACACUUCAUUUUUACCAACACAGCAUUUUAGCCUGUAAAAUCGAAAUGGUUGACUACAAGGAAGAACGCAAUAGCACACUACCAGAGUUCAUUCCGUAUGAGGACGGCGUCUAUAAUGUUAUUCAGAAAAGGGUGACGUGGUACCAGGCCUUGAGCAUGUGUUCUCAGAGUGGAAGACAUUUAGCAAGUGUCCACAACCCAAAGGAGCAGCUCUUUCUGGAAGACAUUGUGAACCGUGAUGGAUUCCCUCUCUGGGUUGGGCUCUCGAGUCAUGAUGGCAGUGAAUCAAGUUUCGAAUGGUCCGACGGCAGUGCGUUUGACUACAUCCCUUGGAAGAGCCAAGGGUCUCCUGGAAACUGUGUCAUCCUAGAUCCGAAAGGAACUUGGAAACAUGAAAAUUGUCUAUCUGUUAAGGAUGGUGCCAUUUGUUACAAGCCUACAAAAUUUAAAGAGCUGGCCUCUCAUGCACACUCAUCAAAAUGCCCAUUGGUGAAAAGGAAUGGCUCCCAGUGGGUCCAGUAUGGGGACCACUGUUACUCGGCUGAGCAGGCAUUACACACCUUCGCAGAGGCCAAAAAAUUGUGCCAGGAACUUGAUCAUUCCGCAACUGUUGUCACCAUAGCAGAUGAAAAUGAGAAUAAAUUUGUGAGCAGGUUGAUGAGAGAGAAUUAUAACAUAACUAUGAGAGUUUGGCUUGGAUUAUCUCAACAUUCACUCGAUCAGUCUUGGAGUUGGUUAGAUGGACUAGAUGUGACAUUUGUCAAGUGGGAAAAUAAAAGUAAGAAUGGUGAUGGAAAAUGUAGCAUUUUAAUAGCUUCAAAUGAAACCUGGAAAAAAGUUGAAUGUUCACGUGGUUAUGCAAGAGUCGUCUGCAAAGUUCCUCUGAGCCCGGAUUACAGAGGCAUCGCCGUCCUGUUCGCUGUGCUCAGCGUUUUAGCGCUCAUCAGCGGACUCAUUUGGUUCCUCGUGCAAAGAAACCAUUUCCGCUGGACAGGCUUGUCUUCUGUUCGGUAUGAACACGGAGCCAACGAAGACGAGGUGAUGCUCCCUUCUUUCCACGACUAGCUUCUUCCAAGAGUUUGUUCAUUGGCAACAACGUUCCAGAAGAAAGAUGAGCCGCUUAACCUUGUCCCACAAGCAGUGUUUACUCUGUUUCAAAGUAGAAGUCUUUUAGGGACGCUUCUAGUUGGUGAGUUGCUCUGCUGAGGCGGGUGUCACUUGACCCUCUAACCGCCAUGCUAAUUACUCCAGGUGCCUGAGCAGAGAGGACUUAAAACCAAAAUGGAUGUUCAGAUUGUUUACAGGGGGAUACAUUUAACUAAUGUGAAUUUUUUUUCUCUAAGAAUGCAGUUGCUAAAUAGAUAGGUGCAUAUCUUAAUAGCGUUUUAACAACUUCAUUGAAAAUUAAAAUUGUCAAUACUACUAUACGCCACAUCAACCCUUUAGUUUAGAUGAGCAUUGGGCCAAAUGCAAAGUUAGUACCUCAGGCACAAACUCAACUACAAGUCAGAUCGAUGAUGUUUCAAAAUAGGCUUUUAUGGCACUGGGAAAAAAUACUUAAGGCAUGCUUUUUACACAGAAAAUGGGGCCUCCUGGAAGAUGUUUCUUAUAUUAUUUCAAAGAUAUCUAUACCAAUAUUAAUUAGUUGUAAUGUUUUCUAUUUAUAUACUUGUAUUCAGUGGGGUUUUUUUUAUCUUUUGAGGAAACAGAGUUUAAUGUUUCGUAAAGUGUGGGGUUGCGACUGUUAAAUUGACUAGGCGUGUUGUAUCAGCAUGUCUUCUGUUUGAUGAUUUUCUUUUUUACAAGGACCCAACUACAGAUGAGAUUUAAACUUUUACAGUUUUUAUAUUUCACACAGCACAUCAACUUUUGAUGAAUGUUAUUUUGUAACCUUUUUAGCAAAGCAAAACAUAAAAGCAGUCUUUGAAUGGUGGUGUUUGCUAACUUUGUAUUUGUAAAAUGAAAGCUUCUAAGACCUUGAAACUUGAAACUUUGUCAUUAAUGUAGAAAUAUUUAAAAUCUAAAUGACUAGGGGAACAUUAUUUUGUGGAUGUAAUUUCCAUUUUAAGACCCAGAAUAUAUUCUUAUAAGUCGUGUCCACUAAAUAGGAUGACACUUUUAUUCAGUGUUUAAUUCAUAUUUAUAUUUUAGAAUAUUUUUGUACAAGAUACAGAUUUAUUUUGUUUGAGGUGUUUAUACUAUCAUAAAGUUGUAAAUAAUUUUCUAAGACUGUUUUAAUAUGGUCCACAAAUGUCCUAAAUAUUUUUAUUGAGGCAUCUUAGAAAUAACCAUUCAGUUUCUUCAAAGACCUAAACGAAUGCAUUGUGACCACAGCUGUGUAUAUGGCUGAUGCCAUGGUAAAGUUAUCUUGCCUUUUAAAAGUGGUGGAGUUGAUCAGUGCAUGCAAAAGCAUCUCUGAAUUGAUUGUAUACCAUGCCUAAUAUGACGAGAAAGUGCCCAGCUGUUGCAAGGUGAGGUGUUAAAGAUUCUGCAAGCACUGUCUAGAGAAUAAAUUCCUGUAUCUCUGAAUGA